UCCGGCUCCGGACCGUGUUUGGUGAUGAGGCUGCAGUCAGCCUCCCUCAGAGCGGAUGCGCACGCGGGCACCUCGCGGACGGGAAAUGGAGCGGUUCAGCCCACGGAGCGGGCGCCGUUUGACGGCGCAAUGACCCCGCGUGUCCGUGUCCGUGUUUCUCUCUCAGAGGGAGCCGCAGCGCUCACACUCCGCGGGGAUAUCUCCUGAAAACAGCGGCGAACGGGACGCGCUGACCGGACGCUGCAGCCGCUCAGAGCCGCCGUUUCCUCCCAUCACCUGGGGUCACUUCUGUCGGACUUUCCGAGGAAGUUGGUGGUGGACGGAAGAAGAAAAGUUGCGGCGUGGGAUGCUAAAAGUUCUGCUUUGGUCCUGCUGCGGGUGGCAUGGAGUUUGUUUGGAUCAGCGGAGCUCUCUAAUUGGAGAACAUUAGUUCUCUGGUGGAUUUACUGCUGCUGGAGACGCCGCUCUGCAGACUUGGACCAGCAGCUUCUCCUCAUUUGCCCACACCAUGAAGAGGGGUCUGCCGCUGCUCCCUGCUCUGGUUUUGGUGGCUCUGGGAAGUUUUGUUCAUGGAUCCCGCCCCAGGUUAGAGGAUGCUGCACCCCGGGUCAUAGAACAUCCCUCAGAUUUGAUUGUGUCGAAGGGAGAACCUGCCACCCUCAACUGUAAGGCUGAAGGUCGACCUACUCCGACUGUGGAAUGGUACAAAGAUGGCGAGCGGGUAGAAACAGACCGAGAGGACCCUCGAUCCCACCGGAUGCUACUCCCCAGCGGUUCGCUCUUCUUCCUGCGGAUCGUACACGGCCGGCGAAGCAAACCAGAUGAAGGCGUUUACGUGUGCGUAGCGCGUAACUACCUGGGCGAGGCAGUGAGUCGGAACGCAUCGCUGGAAGUAGCAAUUUUGAGGGACGACUUCCGGCAAACACCCAGCGAUGUGGUGGUGGCGGCGGGGGAGCCGGCUGUCAUGGAGUGUAUCCCACCCAGAGGACAUCCAGAGCCCACCAUCUCCUGGAAAAGAAACAACAUCCGGGUCAAUGAUCGAGAUGAAAGGAUCACGAUCCGUGGUGGUAAACUGAUGAUUUCCAACACGAAGAAAAGCGAUGCUGGAAUGUACGUAUGCGUUGGAACCAACAUGGUCGGUGAGAAAGACAGUGAUCCCGCUGAACUGGUGGUGUUUGAGAGGCCAGUCUUCACCAAACAACCAGUGAACCAAGUGGUUCUGGCAAACGACACAGUGGACUUCUUCUGUGAGGUGCACGGAGACCCACCUCCAACUGUCCGCUGGCGGAGAGAAGAGGGAGAGUUUCCCCGGGGAAGGUUUGAAAUCCGCAGUGACAACAGUCUGCGUCUGACCCAGGUGCGAGCUGAGGACGAGGGCGCGUACAUCUGCACAUCAGAGAACAGCGUGGGCAAAGCGGAGGCAUCAGCUACUCUGCAUGUGCACGUGCCUCCCCAGUUUGUGAUUCGGCCACGGGACCAGAUCACAGCUCCGGGCCGCACCGUCACCUUCCUCUGCGGCACCAAGGGGAACCCUCCUCCUGCUGUGUUUUGGCAGAAAGAAGGCAGCCAGAUCUUGUUGUUCCCCAUCCAGGAGCCGUCCCAGUCUGGUCGUUUCUCCGUGUCGCUGAGCGGUGAGCUCACCAUCGCUGAUGUCCACGUCCAAGACUCGGGCUACUACAUCUGCCAGGCCAUCAGUGUGGCCGGCAGCAUCCUGACCAAAGCCCUGCUGGAGGUGGAAAGCACACCUUCGGACCGUGUCCCCCCCAUCAUCCGCCAGGGACCGGCCAAUCACACCUUAGCUCCUGGUUCCACUGCUCAGCUCCACUGCCACAUCAUAGGGAACCCCACUCCCAGCAUCCAGUGGGAAAAAGAUGGUCAGAGGAUCCUGGGAAAUGACGAUCGAAUCAGUCUGAUGGAGAACGGCACCUUCCAAAUCACUAACUUACAGGAAGCGGACUCUGGAGUUUACACGUGUGUGGCCUCCAGCUCCAGCGGAGAGACCAGCUGGAGUGGAGUGCUCACUGUCAAAGAGAGUGCUGACCCGUCAGCGGCUCAGGCUGCAGAACCCUUCCAGCUGCCCGGUCCGCCACACAAACCCAUCGUCACCGAUGUGUCAAAGAACAGCGUCAGCCUGACCUGGCAACCCAACGCUCACGAGGGUGGAGCCGCCGUCACCUCCUACAUCAUCGAGGCGUUCAGCCAAUCAGCAGGCAGCACCUGGCAGACAGUAGCUGACAUGGUGAAGAUGGAGACGCACACCAUCACCGGCCUGUUCCCCAACACCAUCUACCUGUUCAUCGUCCGGGCAGUCAACGCCUAUGGCCUGAGUGACCCCAGCCCCAUCUCAGAGCCCGUCAGAACACAAGACGUGAGCCCCACAGGUCAGGGAGUGGACCACAGGCAGGUGCAGAGGGAGCUGGGGGAGGUGGCCGUCCAGCUUCAGGACCCUGUCCUGCUCACAGCGUCCUCCGUCCGGGUCUCAUGGACUGUUGACCGACAGUCUCAGUACAUCCAGGGUUAUCGCCUCUUCUAUCGGCCUAACGGAGGGAGCUGGCUCCUCCAGGACAUCAACUCUCCGUCGGAGCGCAGCAGCAUCCUCAGCAACCUGCUGAAGGGAGCUGAGUAUCAGAUAAAGAUCCGCCCAUAUUUUGAUGAGUUCCAGGGCAAAGACAGCCGCACCAUGCUGGUUCAGACCUCAGAAGAAGCUCCCAGCGCCCCGCCCAGAGGUGUCACAGUGAAGCUCAGCAACAGUUCCAGCAUCAGCGUCUCCUGGGAGCCUCCACCCAGCGACAUGCAAAACGGCAUCAUCCAGGAGUACAGGGUUUGGUGUGUGGGCAGCAGCAGUCAGAACCAGACACGCUACUAUGUCAACAAAACGGUGGAUGGAAACACCCUCUCCACGGAGCUGAGGGGCCUGCUCCCCACCGUCCUGUACCAGGUGGAGGUGGCGGCAGUGACCGGCGCCGGCGUUGGCACCAGAAGUCAGCCGGUGUCUGUCCUCAUCAAGCUACCAGCUGAACAAGCCUCCGUGCCAGGCGGCGCCGGCACAGUCGACGCCAGCGCCGGCGGGGAGGAGAGCAGCGUGAGCCUGGCUGAGCAGAUCACUGACGUGGUCAAGCAGCCGGCGUUCAUCGCUGGCAUUGGCGGGGCCUGCUGGGUCAUCCUCAUGGGCUUCAGCGUCUGGAUCUACUGCCGGCGUAAGAAGAGGAAGGAGCUGAGCCACUACACGGCGUCCUUUGCCUACACGCCGGCAGUUGGUUUCCCUCACAGUGAAGGAUGUUCUCUCAGUGGAAGGCCCAGCGCCCUGGGUGGGAACAUGAGCAACUACCCGUGGCUGGCGGACUCCUGGCCCACCACCAACUUAGUCCACGGCAGUAAAGAAGCAGUCGACUGCUGCACCGCCGAUCACGACACCACUGAGAGAUACUACAAUGAAAGUGGCAUUUCAAACUACCUAAACCAGACAGAAAAGUACAGCAUGGGAGGCUCCACUGACGGUCCCAUCUACAGCACCAUAGACGCGACCAGCGAGGACCUGCACAGCUUCACUUAUGCCCAGUCCACCGCUCCAUAUGCCACCACCACCAUCAUGCCGGUCACCAGUCAGACGCAGAGCGCUGAGGAACAAGACGGUGGGCACUGGAUCCUGCAGCCGGGACCGUCUGGAGCUCAGUAUGCACAGCCAGAGCGCUGCAGUGCUAAACCCAAGCAGAAGGUCAUGGGUAAACCUGUCAAGACACCGACUCUGAACUGGAUGGAGGCCUUGCCCCCACCUCCCCCCCCUGGGGAACUGGAGCAGAAUGAUGAACUUCCAGAACAUGAAGACAUGGACAUAGGCUCAGAGGACGAGUGGUGCCCCCCCCUCCCCGAGAGGACAUACCUGAUGGAAGGCUGUGAGAACGGACUCUCCCCCCCUGAGAGGAACAGCGCCUCCUCUCCUGCCAACUCCUACAGCCACCAAUCGACUGCAACGCUCACCCCAUCGCCCCACGAGGAAGCCCAGCCUCAGCAUGACGCCCCCCGUCCCAGCCCAGAGGAGGCCCAGCAGCUGUCACGCAGAAGGUUACCCUGCGGUCUGACGCCAGGACUGCAGGCCCCCAGCCCAACACUCGCUCGCUCCAACCCAAACCUCUCCAGCCAGCAGCACGCCGCAUCAGAGAGCUGCCUGCCGCUCUGCCAAAGCCCCGCCCACCACUGCCUGCACAGCCAGAGGCCAACCAAGGAUGCAGACGCUGUCGGCACAACUACCCCCACACAUAACUGCCCCUCCCCGGCAGAGGCAGGCACGCCCACCCACCAAAAAUCACGAGUGAAGAAGAAGGUGUCCAAAAGUUCGGCGUACAGGAGGGAUCUUCAAGGAGACCUUCCACCCCCUCCCGAUCCUCCCCCAGAGGAGGACAGCCCACUGCAGACGAGCCAUGCGCCAAACAGAGUUCUGUCAUCUUUGGAGAGGAGGGAGUACAGCAGCAACAGCCAGCAGCGGAACAGCUCUGGACAGAGACACGCUGACAACGAUGAAGGGAUGGCGUACAGCGGUAAGGGCAGUUAUCUGUCCAGGAGUCAGAUGUCUAGUAACUGCUCCACCACAGGAAGCUCCUCCUCCAGAGGCUCCACCGGCUCUCGGGGGCUCCACCAGAAACACAGCGAGGACACGAGAUAAGGACGGCAGAACGUGACGCCUGACUGUGGACGAAGUCAGCUCUACAAGGGAGCUAACGUGUGGUUUCAAGAACUCUUUCCAGUUGAGAAAAGGGAAAAGGGAAAAGGACAGACUUUUUUAGUGUUCUUUAAAGUUAUUUAUGAUUUGGAGUUGAUGGCUCUCCAUUCUUGUGUAAAUAUAUCUGCUUUUAUGUUUCUUUGUGGAUUCUGGAUGCAGGCAAGGAGAUCUUUCAUAUUUAUGAUGAGUUAAAAAAAAACACGUUCCCCUCAAAUGUGCCAUUUUUUAUUUUUCUGUCCAUAUGUAAACAAUUUGAAAACAUUGUUGCACCCUCGUUACGAUGGAGGAACAGCAUUUGAUGUGAAGCACAAAGUGUGUCUGCAGAUUGGAGAAGAGGAGCUCGGAAAGCCAAAAACAAACCUGGAAAGAUGCCUGCACUCCGAGCCUUUCCCUGACAGGAUCCUGACUGGAGUCGUCUCCUGAAUGUCGUGUUUCUCUUCUGGUUUUCCUGCUGCGCCAGCCGACAAACUGACAGGCGCUUGGAACGUUUGAUUGUAACACCCCCUGCCCCCCCCAUGUCUAGUUGAGUCUGUUUGCUCCAUUUAGAAGAUCAAAUUUUCCUACAUUCCUAAGACGAAUGAAAACAGAUGUCUGUGACUUUUUGUACUCUUGUUGUUUUGUAAAUGUACAAUAAAACACAUUUGCUGAUUAUUGA